CCAUGCAAGAGGCACCACCAUUUCCCUCUUCCUCCGGGUCUAGGUUGCCAGCAAAUCUCAAGAGCUCUCUGAGAUCCAGUCUGGACCAUAGGUCCCUCCGAGGCGCAGAUGAGUUUCCGGAUCCCUGGCCCCAGGCUUCUGCUACUGGGGCUCCAGCUGUUGGUCAAUGCCUGGAGCUACAACCUGGACACGCGGCAUGCGCAGAGCUUCUUGACACAAGCUGGAAGACAUUUUGGGUACCAGGUCUUGCAGUUUGGAGAUGGGGUUGUCGUGGGAGCUCCAGGAGAGGGGAACAGCACAGGAAGCCUCUAUCACUGUCACCCAAGCAGCGGCUCCUGCCAGCCAGUCCGCCUAGGUUCUAACCAUACCUCCAAGUACUUGGGAAUGACCAUGGUGACAGAUGCUGCCAAGGGAAGCCUUUUGGCCUGUGAUCCUGGACUGUCUCGGACCUGUGAUCAGAACCCCUACCUCAGUGGGCUGUGCUACUUAUUUUCCCAGAGCCUGGGGAAACCUAUAUUACAAAAUCGUCCUGCUUAUCAGGAAUGUAUGAAGGGCAAUGUCGACCUAGUGUUUCUGUUCGAUGGCUCACAGAGCUUGGAUAAAAGGGACUUUGAAAAAAUCGUGGACUUCAUGAAGGAUGUGAUGAGGAAACUCAGCAACACUUCCUACCAGUUUGCUGCUGUUCAGUUUUCCACAGAGUGCAAAACAGAAUUUACUUUCUCAGACUACAUCAAGCUAAACAAGAAUCCUGAUGUUCUGCUAGGCAGCGUGACGCCCAUGUUCUUGCUGACCAAUACCUUCCGUGCCAUCAACUACGUGGUGACACACGUGUUCAAAGAAGAGUCUGGGGCCAGGCCAGAUGCUACCAAGGUGCUUGUCAUCAUUACAGACGGGGAAGCAAGUGACAAUGGCAACAUCGAUGCAGCCCAAGACAUAACCCGCUAUAUCAUCGGGAUUGGCAAGCAUUUUUCAACCACACAAAAGCAGGAGAAACUCCACAUAUUUGCCUCAAAACCUGUAGAGGAAUUUGUCAAGAUUCUGGACACAUUUGAGAAGCUGAAGGAUCUGUUUACUGAUCUGCAGAGGAAGAUUUAUGCCAUUGAGGGCACAAGCAAACAGGACCUGGCAUCCUUUAAUAUGGAACUCUCCUCCAGCGGGAUCAGCGCGGACCUCAGCAAGGGCCAUGCGGUUGUUGGAGCCGUUGGGGCUAAGGAUUGGGCUGGGGGCUUUCUGGACCUGCAUGAAGACCUGGAGGGUGCCACAUUUGUUGGGCAGGAACCGCUGACCUCAGAUGAGAGAGGAGGUUAUCUGGGUUACACUGUGGUCUGGCUGACCUCCCGGAGCUCCAGACCACUGCUGGCAGCAGGAGCUCCGAGGUACCAGCAUGUGGGACAAGUGCUGCUUUUCCAAGCCCCAGAGGCUGGAGGACAUUGGAACCAGACUCAGAAGAUAGAAGGGACUCAGAUCGGAUCUUACUUUGGUGGGGAGCUAUGUAGCGUUGACCUGCACCAAGAUGGCGAGACAGAUCUGCUGCUGAUUGGAGCGCCCCUCUUCUACGGGGAGCAGAGAGGAGGCCGAGUGUCCGUUUACCAGAGAAGACGGUCACUGUUCGAAAUGGUCUCAGAGCUGCAGGGUGACCCCGGCUACCCGCUUGGUCGGUUUGGAGCUGCCAUAAGUGCCCUGACAGACAUCAAUGGGGAUGGACUGACUGAUGUGGCCGUGGGAGCCCCUCUGGAGGAGCAGGGGGCUGUGUAUAUCUUCAAUGGGAAGCCUGGUGGGUUCAGUUCCCAGUCAAGUCAGCGUAUACCAGGAACCCAGGUGUCCCCGGGAGUCCGGUGGUUUGGACGCUCCAUCCAUGGAGUGAAGGACCUUGGAGGGGACAGGCUGGCAGAUGUGGUUGUAGGAGCUGAGGGCCAGGUGAUUGUGCUGAGCUCGAGGCCGGUGGUGGAUAUUGCCACUGAGCUGUCCUUCUCCCCAGACGAAAUCCCAGUGCAUGAGGUGGAGUGCUCCUACUCAGCCAGUCAGGAGCAGAAGGAAGGCGUCAAGCUCAAGGUGUGCUUCCAGAUCUGCCCCCUUACGCCUCAGUUUCAAGGUCGCCUGCUCGCCAACCUCAGCUACACCCUGCAGCUGGACGGCCAUCGGACGAGGAGCCGAGGUCUGUUCCCAGGAGGAAGCCGCGAGCUCAGUGGAAACACAUCUGUCACCCCAGAUAAGUCCUGCAUGGACUUCCACUUCCACUUCCCAAUCUGCAUUCAAGACCUCAUCUCCCCUAUCAAUGUCUCUCUGAAUUUCUCUCUUUUGGAGGAAGAAGGAACACCAAGGGACCAAAAGGGGGGCAGGGACAUGCAGCCCAUCCUGAGACCUUCGAUCCACGCAGUCACUAAGGAGAUCCCCUUUGAGAAGAACUGUGGUGAGGAUAAGAAGUGUGAGGCAGACCUGGCCCUGUCACCUCCUGCCAGAUCCGGAGUCCUGCGUCUGAUGUCCUCUGCCAGCCUUGCUGUGGAGUGGACACUGAGGAACUCAGGAGAAGACGCUUACUGGGUGCGACUGGACCUGGACUUCCCCCCGGGCCUCUCCUUCCGAAAAGUGGAGAUGCUUCAGCCACACAGCCAAAUACCGGUGAGCUGUGAGGAGCUCACCGAGGAGUCGAGUCUCCUGACUAAGACCCUGAAAUGCAACGUGAGCUCUCCCAUCUUCAAAGCAGGCAAACAGAUGACCCUCCAGGUGAUGUUUAACACGCUACUCAACAGCUCCUGGGGAGAUUUUGUCGAGCUGAACAGCACUGUGCACUGUGAGAACGAGAACUCAAGCCUCGGGAAGGACAACUCAGCCACCACCCGAAUUCCUGUCCUGUACCCUGUCAACAUCCUUACUGAGGACCAGGAGAACUCCACACUCUAUAUCAGUUUCACCCCUAAAGGUCCCAAGACCCAACAAGUCCAGCAUAUCUACAAGGUGAGGAUUCAGCCUUCUGCCUAUGACCACAACAUGCCCGCACUGGAGGCCUUGGUUGAGGUGCCCCAGCCUCACAGCGAGGGCCCCAUCACACACACGUGGACUGUGCAGACGGAUCCCCUUGUAACUUGCCACCGUGAGGACCUGAAGAAGCCAACCAGGGAAGCUGAGCAGCCCUGUCUGCCUGGAGUCCAGUUCCGCUGCCCAAUUGUCUUCAGGCAGGAGACCCUCAUCCGAGUGGCCGGGACUGUGGAACUCUCAGAGAAAAUCAAGGCCUCCUCCACACUCAGCCUCUGCAGCUCGCUCUCUGUCUCCUUCAACAGCAGCAAGCAUUUCCAUUUGUAUGGUAGCAAGGCCUCCAAGGCCCAGGUCCUCAUGAAGGUUGACGUGAUCUAUGAGAAGGAGAUGCUUCACCUGUACGUGCUCAGCGGCAUUGGGGGGCUAUUGCUACUGUCCCUGAUUUUCCUAGCGCUCUACAAGGUUGGUUUCUUCAAACGGAAGCUGAAGGAGAAGAUGGAGGCGGACGGAGGUGUUCCAGAUGGAAGCCCUGGCGAAGACGCUGACCCUCUGGCGGUACCUGGGGAAGAGACCAAAGAUAUGGGCUGUCUAGAGCCCCUUCAUGAGAGUGACAAGGACUAAGCUCUGAUACACUGAUGGCCCAGGGACAGACUUGGGAGCCCUGGCGCUGACCAGCUUCAGCUGCAUGUCACUAGCCGAUCCUCGGCUUGUCAUGGCUGCUCCUAGUUUUCAGCUUCCCUGUCCUGAGCAUAGAGCUUGUUCUUACGUUAUCUACAGGUUCACGGUAAGGCUGAGGGCAGCCAAGAGGGCCAUCGGUGAAGCCUGUCUUCUGCUAGCCUACCUUGUUGUCACUCUGAGAGAAUCUUCAAAAUAGACUUGGAGAAACUGUUAUCUCAGGACCCGGUAAUACUCCAACCCUCCCAACUGCCCUUGGGCUGUCCCGACCUCCUGGAUCUGCCCCACGCUCUCUCCUGCCUGGACUCUAACCCGGACUCUGCUGCCAUCUGUGUCACGUGGGACACACGUCUGCAUGGCUGCUACAGAUGCCUUCUUGAGUGAGUCAGAGACGACAUUCUUUGAAGAGCCUUAGAAGGCCUUAUGAGGUCAGGCCCCAGUGGCCCCCAGCCUCUGCUGAGGAUGACUCACCUCUCUCUGCCAGGCUGCAGUUAUCACAGCCUUUCCCGGAGUUUGUCUCCUUCCUAUAGGCUGCAUUUGAGCUCAUGCCCUCCCCCCCCAGGAAUAUUUCUGCCUCCUCCUGUUCCGGCUAAGGAGGGCUCCGCACUGCACCUCACACCAGCCUGUUCUCGCCUCAGUCUGCCAGGUUAUAUUUAUUCUCUCUUUGAUGAUUUAAUUUCUACCUCUCGUUAAGCUCCUUGAGGUUAGGGUACGCAUCUAGUUCACCUUGGGACUCUCCGGCGACGUCAUAGGUGUGGAGGCGUGGCCUUGCUUGAAGAGUAUAUGUCAUGGGGAAGGGCCGUGAGAGUUGAAAGACUUGGCCCACUUGCAGUUCACUCACGGCCUUAUGGCUACGGUGGAUGUGCUCUCUCUGCUUCCUGCUGUCUUGCCUGCUGCCGGCUGCUGUGACUCUUUGCCAUCACAGACUCCUAAACUCUCUGUACACCCAGAAAAACUUCCUUGAGUGUGACGGUUUAUCACAGCCACAGCGAAAGUAACCAAUGGGACACGCCUGCAUCUGCUUACCCAGUAAGUGUGGAAUUCUGUCCAUUUCUGAUGGCUCUGUGCUGGUGCAAGGCUCCAGUCUGGUUCUUUUAAAUGAAUCUAUUCCCUCAAAGGUACCAAAUAGAACCAAAGUAAUCAGCCCUGCUUCUCUUCUCCUGUAUUAGGCUUGGGUUUUUGCUUGGUUUGGUUUUCUGUUGCUACAAUAAAGCACCCCAAAGAAAAACAACGUAUGUGGAAA